AUGGCGUGCACCAUCGACUUUCGCUGCCUUGACGAGGGUUUCGGCGGCAAAACCUACAAGCGCAAGAGGGAGCAGCAGUCCCAACCGCACACGGAUGACGGUGCCUCUCUCAUGGACACCGACGAUGUCGUCCCGCCGCCGUCGAAGCGAUCGGCGCUGCCGUCGUUGGAGAAUCCGGACAAGCCUGUGUUCGGUCAGCCGAGCUACGAUGGAGUGAUCGCCGGGAGGGUUUCCGGUCGGAAGUGGAAACAGGUGCGGAAGCGGAGGGCGUCAGCGACGCAGGUGAGCCUGAAGGGGACGACGUUCGAGCAGAGAGAGAAGGAAAAGAUGAUUAAGAAGGCGUACAAAGAGAGGAUGAUGGAGCUGAAGGAGGAGAUUCGGUUGAACAAGGUGGAGAAACGCAAGAAGAGAGAAGAAAGGGAGAAGAAGAAGCAGGAGAAUAUUAUCAAAUCAGGAACCAAGUUCCAGAAGAUUACCAACCCUAACACCUUGAAGAAGAUUGCCAAAUCGAAACAGAGGAAGCAACUUAGAGUUGUUCCUGAUGAAUUGCUCAGGAAAUAG